AUGUUAAAAUCUUGCGGGGGAAUGAUGAAAUGGGGGGAAGAGGGAGGCGGAGGGGCGGAUGGGAGAAGCGCGCGAGCAGAGAGGGAGGCACAAGGGUCGGGGGCAGCGCAGGUUCGGGUGGUGGCUGGGCGGUUCAGGGACGUUUGCACUCCUCCGCCCCUCUCACACUUUCUCAUGCUGCACGUGUACAUGCGGCCAGGGACAGCUGUCAACAUCCCAUUGGCCCGCACUCAGUCCGCCCUCAUAUACGUCCUAGAGGGCGUGGCGAUGUUUGGACCGCGAGGAGAGGCCGUGUUUCAAAACGAGGGGCACUCCCUGCUCUUCCCUGCAGCACCAAGUGCCACGUCAGGUGCUGCAUCAGAGAUGAAUAAGGAAUCAGAUUCCACAGAGGGUGGUGCAGCAGGCAUGGCCACAGGGGAGGAUGAGGAUGAUUGGAUUCGAGUGGAAUCACACAGUUGGGGCGGAGGAGCCGUGGCGACGAACGGCGUUAGAGGCCCGAGUUUCCCCGCCGUCGCCAUGCCGGCCGUGUUCGAACCGACGGGCUGUUACAAGUGCGGCCGGCCCGGUCACUGGUCCAAGGACUGCAGUUUCGCCGCCAAUGACGGCCGCGCCGCGGAAAAUCGCAACACCGAACCGCGCGACUCCGCGGCCCGCUUUCCGCCCAGUAACGCGUCGAACAACCAUAACGCGUCCCCCAAUCAGCGACCUUUCGCCGGUUCAGCCACCCCGCAGGGAAAGCGGCCAUAUAACGGCUUUUCCAACGGACCAGGCGCGAACACGCAGCGUGCGGGGGUGGACGGCGCCGACGGGGUCGAUCCGCUCAACCAAAACGCGCCAGCGGCGGCGGCGGCGGCGGCGGCGGCGGCGGCGGCGGCGGUGGGGUCGAAGGUGACGCGGAAGCGGCCGAAGCUGACUCCGAUGAUGCUGCUGUCGGAUGAAGGGCUUCCUUACGUGCUGAAGGAGCUGCCGAAGCAGAUCAAGCUUCGGGGCAAAGGACACGAGGGGCUUCCGUACGUGCUGAAGGAGCUGCCGACGCAGAUCAAGCUGCGGGGGAAGGGACACGAGGUGAGUGGGAGCUUUCUCAGCAGUGUACUGUGUAGAUUGAAACCUCGCCUCGGGAUUGCCGCGACUCGGACGAUGCUGCUGUCGGACGAAGGGCUUCCUUACGUGCUGAAAGAGCUGCCGACGCAGAUCAAGCUGCGCGGCAAGGGACACGAGGUGAGGUUGCGAGGUGGGAACCGGCGUCGAUAG